ACGCCAGUCAUAUUGGAGGGUCUUACCCUGCUCCAAAGCCGUAUUGAAGAUGACGCUCAACUGCUAGACAAUCCCAGCAAACAGCGCUUACAGAAACUGGCGAAUGUUAGCGUAAAGACGUUCUCUGAGUGCGCCCUCCUUCUCUAUGAGAACCGGACCUUGUUCAAGCAAAACAACGAAAGUAAUCGUCGCCAAUCAACUCUGUUAAUGGUAGGUGGGGAGCCGAAAGUGAUGGGUUACGAGGAUAUUGUCGAAGCACGAGCGAAGCGUGAUGCGAACGAAGCGAUCGCGGUCAAGGGGAGAGGCGAUUUAAAGCGGAAAGGUACUGUGUCUGUUUCGAAAUACGCCAAAAAGACGGAAAAACGAAGUGGAAACCGCUGA